AGUGAAAAGCUUUUGUUGUAUGAUACAGUCCAGAGUGAGCUCGAGGAGAAGAUCAGAAGGCUCGAGGAGGACCGGCACAGCAUCGACAUCACCUCAGAACUGUGGAAUGAUGAGCUUCAGUCAAGAAAAAAGAGGAAGGACCCUUUCAGCCCCGACAAAAAGAAGCCGGUCGUUGUCUCAGGUCCGUAUAUAGUUUAUAUGCUGCAGGAUCUCGAUAUUCUUGAGGACUGGACGACCAUCAGGAAGGCAAUGGCUACAUUGGGUCCACACCGAGUUAAAACAGAACGUAAGUAUGAGUUGUGACGUACUCUGCCAACAACUGUUCAGUCAGGGUGGUUAAAUCACCUGCGUACUGAGGAGGAACUCAACAGUGACUCCAUCAGCCAGUGAACUCCGGAACUGACAUGAGGAAUCAGGAGUCUCCUGCUUCGUCUAGAAGUUUGAAAGUUUCCAUUGCUGCAUAUUUCUUCCUCCUUUCAUUGUUAGGCCUUAGAGUUCUUAGUGAUAUUAGAUCUGUAAUUCAAGAUGCAUUUACCCAGGGUUUUUGUUUUUUUGUUUUUUGUUUUUAAAUUGGCCCCUUACUUCUUUAGGGGAAGUGUUGGGAACUCACAAAUUGGUUCUAGGGAGUCAGAAUCUCUGGAGUUGUAUACUAAAUUUUUUAGGAAUUUUUUUUCCUCUCUUUCUUUCUUUCUCUCUCUCCCUCCCUCCCUCCCUCCUUCCCUCCU